AUGGCGGCGAAACGCAAGGCUGGUGCAUUGCUACAACAUGUUCUGCCAAAGGACAAUUUAACACCAGAGCCAAUAGAUAUGAACGACGAAGAUAACUUCUCUAGUCAAGGCUACGCGAAAGAUGCUGAGAAGUUGAAAAUGAUGUUGCUAGCUUGGAAUUACAACGGUCAAACAGGCAGGAACGGAGACUUACCAGAAACUGGUACGGACAGUAGUAUGGCUGACCUGUGGGCCUCCUACCACAGCGCGUUGGGGCUUGGGUCCAAACCGCCUAAGCCUUCCACGCCUCUCACAACCGGACACUCGAGUCCAAUCCACAUUGGUUCAACACCAGUGGAGCCAGUAUCAACGCACGACGAGACUUCAUCAUCCGACAGAACCAAGGACGAUGAUGAUGGAGGAGCCUCUGAUGAUGACAGUGAUGAUCGUGUCGAUCCCCAACAUCAUGAUCCUGAGCGGUUAAAGGCGUUUAAUAUGUUUGUUCGCCUUUUCGUCGACGAAAACCUCGAUAGGAUAGUUCCUAUUUCAAAGCAGCCUAAAGAGAAGAUACAGGCCAUCAUAGAUUCGUGUACCAGGCAGUUCCCGGAAUUUGCUGAGCGCGCCCGCAAGAGAAUCAGAACUUACUUGAAGAGCUGCAGGCGUAACAAGAAGGUUCGAGGAGAUGGACCGGCUACAGGCAAUGGCGGGAAUACUCCAUCAGGCAACGCCUGGGACACAGCGGUGCGUCCGACUCCCGCGCACUUAACGUCUGUACAAGCUGAACAUAUCUUGGCGCAGGCGUGUGAGAACGAGAGCCUCAACGCGAAGCGGAUGCGGCUUGGCCUGGAUCCAGUCAGCCAGCCCAUGCCGACCGUGCCUACUCCCAUGGCCAUAGACACGACGGCGACAUCAUCAUUCCUGAACCUGUACAGCGGUGCAAUCAGCAGCCCAGCAUCCACCACCACUACGACAGCCCCAGGACACAGCAAGGCUGCAGCGGACACCACCAGGCCCUCAAACAGUCCCACCAUGGAACCACUGCUGAACAACAACAGCUUGAAGCUUGACAAUGCGAAUGGCAACACUGGCAGUAAGACUGCUAGUCCAGCUUCUUCGCCAGCGCCGCUGUUUAGACCAUCUUUCCCAUCCACUUUUGGCAACCCACCGUCUUUUGGCAGACAAAACUCAUCGACAAGCCAAUCUUCAGCGCUGUCAAAUACAGCAUUACUGUCAACCCUGACAGCUUUGCCACCAACUGGUGUCGGAGUUAACGCGGCAAUGGCUGCGUAUCAGAGCGCGCUGUUAUCCGCAAUGGCUGCGCACACGCACACAUUUCCCAAUAUAGCUGCUCCAACAGAUCUGUCACUCAAGACAUCGACUACAACUCUCCAUUCCUCAUCCACGCCAUCUAUAACAGGAACCAGCUCACAAAAAUCUCUAUUGUCUCACAAACUCUCUGGUUCCGAAGUCGGCGCCGUUCGACAAUUGAUCACCGGAUACCGUGAGUCUGCAGCAUUCCUGCUCCGAUCUGCUGACGAGCUGGAAACUCUACUUUUGAACCAGCCCUAG